AUGACAGACUCCAUAACUGGUAGUACUAAUUUCAUAGCAAUAGCAACCUGGUUUGCACCUUCACCCCUUUUCAUCCUUGUAAACCUAGUCAUUGGUACCAUAGCCCUCGUUUCUUGCUUCAGCGUUGCACCCAAAACCAAAAUCUUCCAACGACCCAAGUCUUUUAAUACCCGUCAAUACUACAACCACCAAGAACAAACAUCUAGUGUUACAGAACCCGAGUCAGGAUCCGAGUCUACUCAAACGGUUGUUCAAACACCAACCUUGUUAAAGCGAGUAGUGUCCUUCAAUCUCUCCCUUCGUAAACUUGCGCCAGUAAAAACACAUUACCUUCAACCUGAAACCGAAACCGAAAACUCGUCUGCGGAACUGGAUCCAAAACUGGUUUGUGAUUGGGGUGAGGAGGAGAAGAGGAAGGUGGAACUGAAGAGAUCGGUGAGUGAGAAAGAGUGUUCGAUGACGUUGGACUGGGAGGAAGAGGAAGAAGAAGCGUUGGAGAGAAGGAGACCAGCGACGGCGAUGGCGAGAAGUGAAACGACGACCUGUACGGAAGAUGAAGGUGUGGAUGCAAAAGCGGAUGAUUUUAUCAACAUGUUUAAGAAGCAACUGAGGUUGCAGAGGCUUAAUUCUUUUGUCCGCUACAGAAACACACUUACACUUCCCUCCUUUCAAUAG